GAAAGCUGCAUUUUUGAGAAGACUGCAGCACCCAAUCCCGUGAGAACAGAGUUGAGUUGAGACCAUGGCUAUUGACUGGGUUGGUUUUGCCUAUGCUGCACUGCUGGCUGUCGGAGGUGUUGUGGGAUACACUCGUAAAGGUAGUAAAAUCUCUUUAGCUGCUGGUCUCACUUUUGGCUCUGUGGCUGGUUAUGGAGCUUACUGCAUAACACGUGAUCCAAGAAAUGUGAAGAUAUCGUUGUUUUCAGCUUUUCUUUUGACCAUUAUAAUGGGAAUGAGGUUCAAGAGGUCCAAGAAAUUAAUGCCAGCCGGACUAGUAGCAUGCCUGAGCCUUUUGAUGAUUUUGAGGCUUGUUUUUAUGCUGCUGUAGGAGAAUUUAGUAGCCCAAGACCCAAAUUACGACUGUCGUGCCCACCGAAGAAACCAGGCAAGCUCUCCACACUUGAAAGACAAGUUUGAACACAAGUCUUACGUUGCAGUUACCUGUUCUGUAAAAGAUCUGUACCUGUAAUUUGAUCAUUGACAUUUGAUGGUAUUUUGCAAGCUUUUUUAAAAAAACUAAAAUGUUUUGUUGAGGAUUUAUUUUGGUCUACUUCUGUUUAAGCAGUCUGUUAACUGAAGGCAUCUUUCUCUACAAGUUUGAUGCCUGUCAGGGAUGCUGAGCACCCCAGGACAUUGACUUAGUCUUGCACUGUGUAUCUGAGAGAAUAUAUAUAUAAAUACAGGUUUAUGCUAAAAUGCUACAUUGUAUUGAAGCAUAAUUGUGUAGCUUCCUAGAUUAAGGAAUGAGUUCAAAUCAUACUGUCAGUUACUAAUCAAUAAAGGUACGGUCCUGUAGGAGAAGGAAAAACCCAGUGUUCUUUCAGACACACAAAUCUCAUUCCAUUGGUUCUAAAUGUAAAAACUAUAAUCAGUGUUCAAAUAAACCAUCAAAUGUUGAAAA